GUCACAAAAAUUGAAACUCUCUGCCUCUCUGUUACAGGAUUUAGCAUUAGACACCUGAAAAGAGUCACAGAGGCUCCCCCCACUGGCGGUGGCUGGGAUCACUUUACUGUUUUUUACUAGUGGAAGACACACAUUCUUACUGGUUUAACAAAAAUAGAUGGCUAACCAAACUACUGGAGAACACAUGCUUGAAGUUGCUAGGUGAGGUUUUGAUUGGCUGAGGUUUGAGAAGCAAGACCUCACAAAUCAGACCACAUGGAGGUCAAAGGGCGCCUAAUCACAUCCAUGGGUGUGGGGGCUCCAGAUCAGGACAGCAAGCUGCAAGCUGAACGCAUCUCCGCACUGCAGGAGAGAAAGCAACUCCUGGAGGACCUCCUCAGCAGCCGAGUGGGAGAGCUGAGACAAGUGUGUCUGCUGGAGGCGGAGCUGACCGGGAAGGUCCCACAUGCUUUCCCCCUGGAGACAGGAGAGAGAGCUCCCGUUGUACAGCGCAGGGCUGGCCUGCCACAUAACAACACCAAGGGAGAGGAUGAGACAGGUCAGCGAAGGCAGAUGAAAACRAUCUUCAGUGGUGCUCUAUACAGGCACUCAGAGUCAGACAGGAAUGUCCCAAACAGCAAGAGGACCGUUCACCGGGGAUGCCACACAGAGGACACGGUGAUGUCAGAGAGCACUAGCUCCAUGUCAGAUUCAACAUCCCAUGACAAUGAGGAGUCCUCUCCCAGUGUGGCAGCAGACCACCGCUCCAUGUCCCAGCCCCGUCUGUCCCUGGGCAGCCCAGACCACCAGGUCUGUAGGAAACUGUCCCCAGUGGAGAUAUACUAUGAAAUGAGGACGCGCCGUAACUCUGUGACCAGCUCCAUCAGCCCAAGUCAUUCUCUACCAAGGAGUACAUCUAAUGUUGAAGGCAGAAGUGUUCCUGCUACCCCCCUCAUCGCCCGGACUGCCCCAAUCAGUGUUCAUGUCAGAUCGGAUGGCUCUGGUGGGAUUGCACUAAAGCAGUGGUCUGGCAGCCUGGAUGUACCUCAUAUGGUGCCCUUAACCCAGGAAGGCUCCUCAGAGCGCAGAGGCUGCCCGUACAGCUCCCGUGCCCGGCGGAGCAAUAGUUCUGAGGCCUUGCUUGACCGCUCCAGUCUCCCWGAGGACCCAGGCCCCAGGAACGGGAUGCCCCCCAAAGGAGGGCCUUACAAAAGCUCUGAGACCCUCACUGAUGGCAAGCUGAGGCACAUCCACCUGAGCAGUCCUGAGAGGCACUUGGACGGCUCUGUGGAGCAGGGCAACAUGCGGCUGUCCAUGGGUGGGAGAGGAGAAGCAGGGGGAGGGGGUUACAARGAGCUCCUAAUGGAUUACAUCUGGGGGAAGCAACAGAGGAUUCAAGUGCAACACCAGCUGUACCAAUCAACAGGUAGAAUCUGGCAGGACAUUUCCUCUCCUCGAUCGUCCACUGCUGCAGUGCCUCCUCAAGCCAACGGCUUCUCCCUAUCCCAGGUGCAUCUACCCAGUGCUGCCCCACCCUACAGCCCCAUGGUGAUCCGUGGCUCCCAGGCUGAGCCUCACAGAGUCAAAGUCACGCGGACCAAGUCCUGUGGACCCUUCAUCCCCCUGCAGCAUGACACCAUCCUGCUCUCUGCCUAUGAGUCUCCCCACCCUGCCCCAAGCUCCACUACCUCCUCCAUUCCCAACCUGCACCCCUACCAGACUGAGCUGUCCGGCCCCUCAUUCAAUCACAGGCCUCCCCAGUUCUCUCGCCCAACACCUGAGGACUCGACGAGGAGUCUACAUAAAGCCCUGGCGCUGGAGGGUCUCAGAGARUGGUACCUGAGGAACGCCCUCGGCUACCCUACUACCACGUCAAAGGGGCAUGAUGCAGGGGUCUCCCGCCUCUCACACCCUCACCCUUUGGUGCACCAGGCUCAGUCUAUACAAGGUGAUCCACUCCAUAGGUCCCAGAUGUCUCAGUCAGCCAGCUUCCAUGGCCACCCACUGCAUGGAAGGUCAAUGGAGUUCUCACUCUAUCAAGAGCCCGUUCAUCCUCAGAUGCAAGACAUGACUCCGAAGGAGCCCAGCGCUGACCCUGGCACGUUGGUCUAAUGUAGCUGAAUCAGUUUUUAACACAUACUUGCACACACUCACACGCACACGCACACAUACACGCACACACACACACACACACACAGACACGCACACACAGAUCCAAACAAUGUAAAAGGAGCUGAUAUAAGGUGACCUCACAAGCUAAAAAAAACACAUUACAACCCAGCAGAAAAAGACUGUAAAGCCGUUCUGAAUGCCCUGUUAUUCUGUAGCUACCGUAUACUGUAUUGUAUUCUAUCGUUGGUCAGACCCAAGCCACAUGUAACAAACAUCCUCCUUGUUUAACCUAACAAAUCUCCCAAGAUAUAAUUUUUUACAGAAUAUAGUAUAUGUAUUCUAAAUUACUAUUUUGUAUCUUAUGAGAUAUAAAGAAUAGAUAUAGAAGAGUUCAUUUAUUGCUCAUUAGUCUUGUGAUUUACAAAAAUAUGUAAUGAACUCAAUUGAUCUAAAAAGUAUUUAGACACCAGUGAAUGUGUAAAUGUACAUGUUUGUAAAGAUGAAUAUAUUACAUCUGUCUUAUCUUUUAAUCUGUCCAUCAAACAUGCAUUGGCUUGCUAUUUCUCAUUUUUGUUAAAUGAAUGGGGACUUAAAUUGCAAUAUCGUAGACUGAGGAACAGGAGCUGUGGCUCUGUGUUUAAAACAGAACCCUACCUUUAGUAAAAACAUGAGUUAUUUCUAAUAAUCUGCAAUGCUAACACAAAUCCUUUCAAAGCUAAGUCUUCAAUCAACAAAUGAAAGUAAUGCCUGUUGUUGCCAAAUUGAGUUGUUUCAUGCAAUCYAAUUUUUCUGCAUUUGA